AGUGAUAGUCGUCAUGAAAGCAACUACUCUAUUCGUGAUAUCAGUUUUGUUCAUCCGACUCUGUAGAUCCGAUAGAAUUCUCAUUGAUUUCAUUAGGGACUACUAUGAAGCGAGUAAUAUCCAUCAGAUUGUCAUAUUUGCUUGUUGGGACUAUGCAGCUGACAUUACGCGGAAUAUCAUGGGACUUGAUACAGUUAUUUCUUAUCGUCCUACAACAUUUGAUAUUGAUUUGACAGAUAUUCUACGGGUCAAUUAUUACCACUUGGGAGUUGUACUGGAUUUUGAUUGUCCCCUCAGUGACAAUGUUAUUGAGAAGUUUUCGAAUCAUCUUCCAUUCAAUGAAUCCUACCACUGGCUCGUAUUAUCACACUUGUCAUCAAUACCGAUGAAAUAUCUUGAGGUUCUGCCGCUUACGAUAGCAUCAGAAUUGACAUCAGCAAUUCGUGAAAAGGAUGAAUUCCAACUUUAUGACAUUUACAAUCCAAGUUAUCGUCAUGGUGGCUCGGUGGUCAUCACCGAUAAGGGCCGAUGGACCCCUAGAAAUGGUUUACAUGACAAACUCAUUCAAUACAAAUACACACGUCGAACUGAUCUUCAGCAGACGUGCCUGAAUUUUUCUGUUGUUCUGUACGACCCGCCAUUACCCGAUUUUAUGACUUACUUAUCAACAUACAUGAGUAUAGAAAAGGAUACUCUCACUCGAGCUCACUAUCCCGUGGCGAUGUAUCUCCAAGAUAUGUAUAAUUUCAGCAUGAAAAUACAUCAGGCAACAAGUUGGGGCUAUCCUGUCAAUGGAUCUUUCGACGGAAUCAUUGGCGAUAUAAUAUCAGGCGUCAUCGACAUGAGCCUAACUCCAUUCGUAUUCCACACAGGGCGAAUGGAUUUCAUAGAAUAUAUUGCUGAAACUUGGAAAUUUGAAGCCAAGUUUACAUUCCUUCAUCCAAGAAUAUCAACGCUUCGUAACAAUUUCUUAAAACCCUUCACUGAUGACUUAUGGUGGAUGAUUUUAUUGGUGGGCGCUGUCUAUUGGACUUUGUUAUUGCUUUCUCUGGUAUUAGAGCAUCAUUAUGAAGGUAAGCAUGAAGAUACCGAGAUGACAGCGAUUGACACCGGUCUGACUACUGUUGCAGCAUUGUCACAACAAGGAUUGAGUGACAGUCCAAAUUUCAUUUCCGGACGAAUCACAUUUCUUUCCCUUUUCUUUUGGGCUCUCCUUCUCUAUCAAUUCUACUCGGCAAGUAUCGUAAGCUCUUUGAUGACACCUCCUCCUCGUUGGAUCAAGACCAUCAAAGCUCUUACUGACAGUCACCUCGAUGUGGGCGCUCAAAACAUAUCGUAUUAUUGGAAUUAUUUCGAGACUGCAACUGAUCCGGAUGUGGUUGAAUUAUACAACCGCAAGAUGAAGUCACGGAAGGAACACCCCAACGCUUUUCUACCGUUGGAUCGAGGAUUCAAGCAAAUACAGAAAGGCGGAUAUGCUUUUUUGUGUGGUACUAUUGCUACCUACCCAAUAGUCCAGGCACAAUUCCUUGAAGAGCAGAUAUGCGGCCUGGAAGAAAUCAGAAUUGCCAAGCCAUUAAGACUCUCAUUGAUCGUUGGAAAAGGAUCUCCAUUCAAAAAAAUGAUAAUUUACGGAGUCCGUAAGAUUAUUCAAUCUGGAAUAAUAUAUCACUUGGACAGCAUAUGGCAUGUCCCACGGCCUGAGUGUCCAAAAACUUACGAGAACAAACCAACUCCAAUGGGCAUUCAAGAAUUCAGUCCAGCAUUGUUUCUCCUAGCUAUUGGUUUGGGAAUGUCUGUGAUGCUUUUGAUGAUGGAAUAUGUGCAUUCUUAUAUGGAGAAUAGAUUAGACUUGGCUAGGAUAAAUGCCUUCAUUUCAACGCAGCAGGAUGAACCUGAGGACGUGGAAGUCUCUACUUGAUUUCAAUCAAUAGUUUUCUCAUUUGUCCGCUUUUUUGCUUUUGAA